AUGGGCUCAUGGAAGGACCCCUUCCUCACUGUCACCUUCCCAAGCAAGGUCAUCUUCAUCAUUAGCUCAUGGGUUCUCUUCGUCAUCAACCUCGGAGUGAUCAUCGGGGACCUCUACCACUUCCUGGUCUCUCAAAGAGGCGAUCUCAUGAGCUUCCACUUCACCGUAUCGCUGCUGUUCUCCCACGUGACGAGCUUCUACUUGGCUCUCAUAGCCAGCGUCUACACCAUGCAAGCGGAUGAUGGCUUCUUGACGUGCUUGUCCCUGACCUCCUUAGUCGCGAAUUUCUCUCUGUACCUGGCCCGAUUCUGGAUGGACUAUCUCACCAUCGAGUACAGGGAGGAAAAAUACUAA